UUAGUAGGUAAGAGGUGUUCGUUUCGUUCAGGUAGUUUUCCCGGCACCAGACCGGUAUGCGGUGUUGCUCCAUAAACAUGGGGGGCAGCUGACCCUGACAGGAGUGAACUAGUGCAUGUUGUUGACACAGCACAUUUGCUUCUGACACUAAGCGCUUUGAAAAGGAGACACGUUUACAGUUCGCAUUGAUGUUCGCAUCACUUGUUCGUUGUGUUUAAUACGAGCAUUUAAAGUAGUCGUCACACACCUACCAGAGUAGUCAAAUGUGCUUUUUUUUUUUUUUUUUUGGUAAAACAACGAAACACAUGUCCUGAGACUAAGUUCCGAGCAUAGGAAGUACGCUUAGAUCGCCACACUUUCAGCUUUCAGGUCCCCUCCCCCAGCGAUGUGGCUGUCGGUUGUUGUUGCGCUGCCCUUGCUCCCUGUGAUUGCCACGCUGGUGUUCCAUUACCGGGAGCGGGUGGGGGCGCUGUGUCGGAGCGUGUUCCAUAGGAGAAAGAUGAACAGCUUCACACAGAGAUCAUUGGAGAUCCGCACACACAGCUUCGUCCUGAUGAACUCCACCCACGGGCAGCCAGAGAGCGUGCUGCAGACCUUUGAGUGCUAUUCUCAAACACAGCCCACCUGCAGCAUUGGGCAAGAGAAAGGGGAGUUUCUGGACAGCGCAGUGAGCCGGGCUGCUCCGCUGCUGGUUCUGGAGCUCGGCACGCACUGUGGGUACUCUGCUAUUCGCAUGCUCAGGCUCCUGCCUGUGUCGGGGAAGCUCUACACCGUGGAACAAGACCCGGGCACAGCCGAUUUGGGAGAGGAGAUGAUCCUGGUGGCUGGAUUCAAACACUCGCAGUUCCGGUUGCUGGUCUCCCCGUCCUCUACAGCCAUUCCCCAGCUGCAGCCCCAGUUUGGGGUGCAGAGCCUGGACCUGGUUUUCAUGGACCACGAUGUGUCUCGGUACCUGCCUGACUUGCUGGCCCUGGAAGAGGGCAGGCUUCUAACCAAGGGUUGCAUCAUCGUGGUCAAUAACACCCAUCUUCCAGGGGCCAAGGAGUUCCUGCACUACAUUCACAACAGCUCCCAUUAUUCUGUGUGCUUCCAGGCACUGGGCAUGCAGGAGAUCCGCUACCAGUCAACAAACACCACAGAAUAGC